CAGGGAAAAAAAUUACUAAUUAGCCUAAUAAAUAUUACAAAAAUUUCGAGGCAAACAUCUCAAAAUUAAAUGAGAUCACAAUAACAAAUAGGAAAGCAAAACAUCAAAGUUCAAAUAUUUGCAACUGACAAACAAGUGUUCAGUCACUCAAAAAGAAAAAAAAAAAAGUGUUUGAGACCGUAUAUGCAAUCUCCAGGUGAAGAAAAAUGGCGGACAUGGAUAUCGAUACUUGUUCAAAACCAGAAGGCGAAGAACAGCAAGGCAAAGGGAAUGCUAUGGUGGUAAUCUUGAUUGGUCCACCGGGCAGCGGGAAAAGUACUUUCUGUGAAGAAGUCAUGCGCUUCUCCACUCGACCAUGGGUUCGCAUUUGCCAGGACAAUAUUGCAAAUGGUAAAGCUGGGAGUAAAGCUCAAUGCAUAAAGAGUGCAACUGCUGCUCUGAAUGAUGGAAAAAGUGUGUUUAUUGACAGAUGCAACUUGGACAGGGAACAGCGUGCAGAAUUUGUUAAGCUUGGUAGCCCCAAAAUCGACAUACAUGCUGUCGUACUUGAUCUGCCUGCUCGUCUUUGUAUAUCUAGAUCUGUCAAACGAACAGGCCAUGAGGGAAACUUGCAAGGUGGAAGAGCUGCCGCUGUUGUAAACAAAAUGCUGCAAAAUAAAGAAUUUCCUAAGCUUACUGAAGGAUUUACUAGAAUAACUUUCUGCCAAAAUGAGACUGAGGUUCAAGAUGCCAUUAAUACAUACAGUGCACUUGGUCCUUUGGAAUCUCUGUCUCAAGGUGUGUUUGGUCAGAAGAAGUCAGAUGCUAAAGUUCAGCUCGGUAUAAUGAAGUUCUUUAAAAAAUCAGGAACAGCUGAAUCUGGUAAUGUUGGAUCUGUUGCAACUAGUGAUCAGAAUUCUGCUUCUCUGGAAAAAACAGAGGAUAAAGGUUCCUGCUCCAAAGCAGCUGUAUCGUUUUCAGAUAAUGCUGUUACAGAGAUAAAUGAACAUAAAGACCAAAUGAAAGGCAUGGUUAAGGAUGCUUCUGCUUCUCUGGGUGAUGCUCCCACAUUGGCAUUUCCAUCUAUUUCCACAUCAGAUUUCCAAUUCAAUCACGAGAAGGCAUCUGACAUUAUUAUUGAGAAAGUCGAGGAAUUUCUGGAUAAGAUUGGAAAUGCUAGACUUGUCUUUGUAGACUUGACUCAUAGAUCAAAGAUUUUGACGUUGGUUAAGGAAAAAGCUUCAAAGAGAAACAUUGACCCCAACAAGUUCUUUACUUUUGUAGGAGAUAUUACUCAACUUUAUUCACAAGGUGGUCUACGCUGCAACGUAAUAGCUAAUGCUGCCAAUUGGCGACUGAAACCAGGAGGUGGAGGUGUGAAUGCUGCAAUUUUCAGUGCUGCAGGUGCAGCCCUAGAGGUUGCAACUAAAGAACAGGCAAACACUCUUCUUCCUGGGAGGGCUUUAGUAGUUUCUCUCCCUUCAAAUUCUCCCUUGUUUGGUAAGGAAGGAGUAACCCAUGUCAUACAUGUUCUUGGACCAAAUAUGAACCCACAGAGACCAAACUGUUUGAAAAAUGACUAUGCUACCGGCUGCAAAAUUCUCCGCGAUGCUUACACAUCGCUAUUUGAAGGUUUUGUGUCAAUAGUAAGGAAGUUACCCCCGGGAAGUAAUGAUAAUCUUGGUUCAAAGCAGUCGGAGAUACAAAUACGCAAUGAAACUGCCUCAAAGAAUAGUGAGCAAAAAUUUAGAAGAGAUGAUGAUGACCAUGAAUCUGAUAGGACUAAAAAGUACAAGGGAUCUCAUGUUGAAACUAAGAUUUCUAAUUCUAGUGUUGGAAAGACAAUUCAGAGUGGUGAAAAGUUUGAUAGAACAGCAACUAAAGCCUGGGGAUCAUGGGCACAGGCUCUUUACCACAUUGCCAAGCAACCAGAGAAGCAUAAGGAAGUUGUGCUAGAGAUGUCUGAUGAUAUUGUUGUACUAAAUGAUCUUUACCCAAAGGCACGGAAGCAUCUUUUGGUGUUGACACGAUUGGAAGGUCUUGAGCAACUAGCUGAUGCCCGUGAGGAGCAUCUCCCAUUGUUGAGAAAAAUGCACGAUGUUGGUUUGAAGUGGACUGAAACAUUACUGCAAGAAGAUACAUCUUUGAUUUUUCGCAUUGGCUAUCACUCGGCUCCAUCAAUGCGACAACUUCACCUACACGUUAUCAGCCAAGAUUUCAACUCAAAACAUCUGAAGAAGAAGCAACACUGGAAUUCAUUCACCACUGCUUUCUUCCGUGAUUCUGUGGAUGUAAUGGAGGAAGUCAGCAGCCACGGAAAAGCAAAACUAGAAGAUGAUGAAAAGCUGUUGUCUAUGGAGUUACGCUGCCACCGUUGUAGAAGUGCCCACCCCAACAUCCCCCGCUUAAAGUCACACAUCACUAACUGCAACGCACCAUUUCCUGCCAACCUUCUUCAAAAAGGCCGUCUAGUGAGCGCUCCAAACAACACCAUCAUCAGUCCAUAAAAGAAGGAAUCAUAUCCAAGUUUUAUUCUAGGAAAGUUUCUUUUUCGAUGGCAUUGAACACUGUCAAUGUCUAUUUUGGUGCAAUUGUUAUAAUGUUCUAUAAUAUGGUCUGUUAAUAUUUUGAUGGGGGAGGAUUGCCCUUCUUAAAGGCCAUGUUGCUUUGGUAUAUGCUUUAUAAUGGAUGCUUAGAACAAUCUUUUUAAGCCAUAAUUAGUUGAAUUUUGAUUCUUGUCCCUUAAAAGAGUGGAUAGAAAGCUGAGAAAUGUGAUUUGAGAGAAAUAAAGCAUAAAAAGUGACGGGGUUUAAGGGCACUUGUUUUAUGUCAA